UUUCCUAGUCUGUGGAAAAGAGCGAGCGAAGCAGAGUAGUUUCCGUUAUCCAUUAUCUCUCUUUCUCCUUCCAAGGUCGUCUUCUCAAUUAUCCUCGCAAAUUAGGGUUUUUCGCGAACUUCUUCCCUUCAUUUCGAUUUCAACUCUUCAAUCAUGGUUACUGAUUCGAUUACCAAUGCUUCAGUUUCUUUGGCUCCGAACGCUGGGGAUUUGCCCUUGCCCAAGAAGAAGAGGGUUAGGUAUUCCAAAUUGAAGCAGUCCAAGCUUGAUGUUCGUCGGGAACAAUGGCUUUCUCGAGGUGCUGUAAAGAACAAAAAAUGGAACGAAGACAAUCGUCUUGACUCAGUGGUCGUUAAAACGAGGAAAGAUGAUGAUCUUUCCUCUAAUAAAAUAAAUUCGAGGGAAAUAGGAGAACAGAACAACAGAUCGGUCCACCACCACAGCGAUUUUUCAGAGUCGCCGUCUAAUAGUCCCCCUAGUCUUGGGAGUAGUAUCCUGUGUGGUAAUGAUUCGGUUCCUCACUUUACUGGGAGUAGCAGUAGUAGUAGUUGCCGAAGCAGCUCUAGUGGUUGUCAGUCGGGGAGUCUAACGGAGGAGGAUGAAGGAGAUGAUGACUGCUUGGAUGAUUGGGAGGCUAUUGCCGAUGCCCUAGCCGCCACUGACAAGCAGCAUGAUCAAUGUUCAGAGUCUUCCCCUAGCGGUAAUAUUGUUUCUCAAUUGGAUUCUUGCGGAGACAGCAGAAAUGAGUUGGGCGUAGGAGAUGGUGACUCGAGUAUUGAACUCGGGAAAAUUGUGCAGAGGGCUUCGAUGAAUUGCCGAGCAUGGAGGCCUGAUGAUGCCUUUCGUCCUCAGAGUCUGCCUACGUUAUCAAAGCAGCUUAGUUUACCGAAUACAGACCGGCAUUUUGGAUAUGGAGGCAUCUCUUGGGCCUGUGGUGGUGUUAUGCCUGUGCCUACAUCUUGUCCAAUUUGCUUUGAAGACUUAGACUUUACAGACUCGAGUUUCUUACCUUGUUUCUGUGGAUUUCGGCUUUGCCUUUUCUGUCAUAAAAGGAUUCUUGAAGAGGAUGGGCGCUGUCCUGGUUGCAGGAAGCCAUAUGAUCGUGACCAUGGUGACAAUGAAACAAAUGUAGAUGGUGGUAGCCCAAUGUUCCUGUUGGCACGUUCUUAUAGCAUGAUUUCAAGGUCUUAGCUAGUGUCCAGUUUCUCCAGCACCAGCAGUUGAAUGUCUGAGAUCAGUCAAAGGUAAAAGCUUAACUUGUUUUGCUUUAGAGUUUAGACAUGUUGGUUUACUAUUGUUUUAAUGACUGUUUUAGGAUCUGAGGAGUGAACACUGAACGUGGAUUGUUAUAGAAGAAUCUUUGGUUUGAUGCACUUUAACAUAUCUUCAUUGGGUUAUAGUUCACUUUUUUUUUUUCUUCAUAAACUACUCUUAGCGCUGAUGUUUAAUGAUUGGGACCCUUAAUUGUAACUUUUUGGUUCUAACCUGUUCUAUUUUGACAGCGUUCUUUUUUAUGUAUGUUGAUUCUUCUUAAUAAGAGUGGGUUCCCUUUUUUCAUUCAUUUCAAAAUGAAAAAAGAACAUUUCUUCAAAAAUUUAUGUCUAAGAAAUUAUUAGCUAAACUUGAAAGACAGUGAUGCAGAUGACAGUUUGAAUUAGAUGGAUUGAAAUGCCACUUUGAAGCUUCUUGAUGAAUGACCCAUUUUAUUUCCCUAAUACUAAGUUUAUGGUUGUGUUUUACUGAAUAUAAAGGGUCUUAGCGUCCGUUCUAUACUGGCAGUGGCGGGACAUAGUUGCUGGAAGGUAGAUUCUGUAAUUGGUUGAUUUUUCCACAGAAAUAAAUUUCACCAUGUAAGCUUGUAUAUCAUGUAUUCAUUAGGGCAUUGGGUAGAUCUGCCUUUGAUUGAGGUCCCAUUAUCUGUUUAGCUUACGAUGGAUUGAAUAAUGUGAUUGCUGAAUAACUGCAGCUAUGGGCUUUUCUAAUUCUUUUGAACGAGAACAAGGGUGCUGAUCUCAAC